GAGCCACUGCUGCAGGAGGAGCCGGCGGAAAUCCCAGCCAGUUACUGCAGCGCCCGUCGCCCAGCAGCCUCUGCCCCCGGAACACACCUGGCACUGGGAGGUGUGGUGCCCACGCAGCAGCAGCAGCAGCCAUGGGGUCUGAGGACCACGGGGCCCAGAACCCCAGUUGCAAAAUCAUGACUUUUCGCCCAACUAUGGAAGAAUUUAAGGACUUCAAUAAAUACGUGGCCUACAUAGAAUCUCAGGGAGCCCACCGAGCAGGCCUGGCCAAGAUCAUCCCUCCGAAAGAGUGGAAGCCGAGGCAGACGUACGACGAUAUCGAUGACGUGGUCAUCCCAGCCCCCAUCCAGCAGGUGGUGACAGGCCAGUCGGGGCUCUUCACUCAGUACAACAUCCAGAAGAAGGCAAUGACUGUGGGCGAGUACCGCCGGCUGGCCAACAGCGAGAAGUACUGCACCCCACGGCACCAGGACUUCGAUGACCUGGAGCGCAAGUACUGGAAGAACCUCACAUUCGUGUCCCCCAUUUAUGGGGCUGACAUCAGCGGCUCCCUGUAUGACGACGAUGUGUCACAGUGGAACAUCGGGAGCCUGCGGACUAUCCUGGACAUGGUAGAGCGGGAGUGUGGCACCAUCAUCGAGGGUGUGAACACGCCUUACCUAUACUUCGGCAUGUGGAAAACCACCUUUGCCUGGCACACGGAGGACAUGGACCUCUAUAGCAUCAACUACCUGCACUUCGGCGAGCCCAAGUCCUGGUACGCCAUCCCACCGGAGCACGGCAAGCGCUUGGAGCGGCUAGCCAUCGGCUUCUUCCCCGGGAGCUCGCAGGGGUGCGAUGCCUUUCUGCGCCACAAGAUGACGCUCAUAUCACCCAUCAUCCUGAAGAAGUAUGGGAUCCCCUUCAGCAGGAUCACGCAGGAGGCUGGGGAGUUCAUGAUCACCUUCCCCUACGGUUACCACGCUGGAUUCAAUCAUGGGUUCAACUGUGCAGAAUCUACCAAUUUUGCCACCCUGCGGUGGAUUGAUUACGGCAAGGUGGCCACGCAGUGCACAUGCCGUAAGGACAUGGUGAAGAUCUCCAUGGAUGUGUUUGUGCGCAUCCUGCAGCCCGAGCGCUAUGAGCUGUGGAAACAGGGCAAGGACCUGCCAGUGCUGGACCACACGCGACCCACGGCCCUCAGCAGCCCCGAGCUCAACUCCUGGAGCGCCUCGCGUGCCUCGCUCAAGGCCAAGCUCCUGCGCAGACAAAUUAGUCUGAAGGAAAACAGACACUGGAGAAAGACUGAGGAGGAGAGGAAACCCAGUCUAGAGAGAAGGAAAGAGCAGACCAAAAAGCCGGGGCUGGCGUCCCACCGGAAGCGCAGCCAGCCCAAGAAGCCCAAGCCAGAAGACCCCAGAUGUCCAGGUGAGGGGGCAACCAGAGUGACCCACCUGGAGGAGGUGGCGGGCUGUGCCAAGGAGGAAGCCCCACACGAUGCUGACCCUGAGGAGGAAGAUGAGGAGCUGCCACAGGGCCAGGAUGGUGAGGGUGCUGACGAGGAUGGGAGGGCCAAACCGCGGCCUGCCAAGCCCAAGGGUGACCGGAAGAAGAAGAGCUACAGCCCCCUCUCUCCCCAGCUUCCUUCCCAGCCCCUGCCGGCCCUCUUCCCCCCUGAGGAGGCCCCAAGACUGCUGCCCCCUCUGGAGCUCCCAGCUGCCGAGGAGGGCCCCCCACCCACGCCCCUCAAUGUGGUACCCCCGGAGGUGCCUGGUGAGGACCACGAGGCCAAGCCACGGCCCAUCAUCCCCAUGCUGUAUGUGGUGCCACGGGCUUCUGAGCGCGACCGUGCGCCCCCACAGGUUGCCCCCAUGGAGCUGGCAGGGCCUGAGGGCGAGGCUGAGACCCACGGUGCUGAGGUGCAGGUUCCAUCCACCUUCUCCAAGCUGAAGAUGGAGAUCAAAAAGAGCCGGCGCCAUCCCCUGGGUCGGCCACCCACAAGAUCCCCUCUGUCAGUGGUCAAGCAGGAGGCCUCCAGUGACGAGGAGGCCUGGCCCUUCUCUGGCGGAGAGGAGGACGUGAGUGACCCCGAGGCCCUGCGCUCGCUGCUGUCUCUGCAGUGGAAGAACAGAGCGGCCAGCUUCCAGGCGGAGCGGAAGUUCAACGCAGCAGCUGCACUUGCUGAGCCCUACUGUGCCAUCUGCAGCCUCUUCUACCCCUACAGCCAGUCCCUGCAGACAGAGAAGGAGGUGCCCCUGGCCUCUGUCAUCGAGGGCCCCUUGGCCCUGCCACCUUCCAGGUGUGGCCAGAAGACACGGCCCCUCAUCCCCGAGAUGUGCUUCACCUCCAGUGGGGAGAACACUGAGCCCCUGCCUGCCAACUCCUGCGUGGGCGACGACGGCACCAGCCCACUGAUCACCUGCGCCAAGUGCUGUCUGCAGGUCCAUGCCAGCUGCUACGGUGUGCGCCCCGAGCUGGUCAAGGAGGGCUGGACGUGUUCCCGGUGCGCAGCACAUGCCUGGACAGCGGAGUGCUGCCUGUGUAACCUCCGGGGUGGCGCGCUGCAGACAACUACAGACCGGAGGUGGAUCCACGUUAUCUGCGCCAUUGCAGUCCCAGAGGUGCGGUUCCUGAACGUGAUAGAGCGCCACCCCGUGGACAUCAGUGGCAUCCCAGAGCAGCGGUGGAAACUGAAGUGCGUGUACUGUCGCAAGCGGAUGAAGAGGGUGUCGGGUGCCUGCAUCCAGUGCUCUUUCGAGCGCUGUUCCACCUCCUUCCACGUGACGUGUGCACGUGCUGCCGGGGUGCUCCUGGAGCCUGAUGACUGGCCCUACGCUGUGUCCAUCACCUGCCUGAAGCACAGGGCAGGCGGCCAUGCUGCACAGGCCUUCAGGGCUGUGUCCCUAGGCCAGGUGGUCAUCACCAAGAACCGCAACGGGCUCUACUACCGCUGCCGCAUCAUCGGCACCACCACGCAGGUCUUCUAUGAGGUGAACUUUGACGAUGGCUCCUAUAGCGACAACCUGUACCCUGAGAGCAUCACGAGUAGAGAUUGUGUGCGGCUGGGGCCCCCGCCCGAGGGGGAGCUUGUGGAGCUCCAGUGGACAGACGGCAGCAUGUACAAGGCCAAGUUCAUCUCAUCCCUGACAAGUCACAUCUAUCAGGUGGAGUUCGAGGACGGGUCUCAGCUGACGGUGAAGCGUGGCGACAUCUUCACACUGGAGGAGGAGCUGCCCAAGAGGGUGCGGUCCCGGCUGUCGCUGAGCACAGGGGCGCCGCAGGAAGCUACCUUCACGGGUGAGGAGGUGAAAGCCGCCAAGCGCCCGCGGGUGGGUGCCGCACUCGCUGCCCCCGUCCCUGCCGCUGAGGACUCGGCCCGCAGCCCAGAUUCCCUGGCCUUUGGAGAGAGCCUCCUGCAUGCGCAGGCCCGGCCUGGGGCCCCCUUCUAGGACAAGGCCGCUGGCCACCUCGGCCCCAUGGGGCAGGCGCCAGCAGGGUCUCCCCAGCCGAGGCCACUGGGCCUGUGGCGCCCCCUGCCCAGGGGGCUGGAGCAAGUGGCAGCGCAGCCUGGACUCAGGGAGCAGGGCCCCAGGCCCGCUGCCCGCACCCCUCAGAUUCAGACCCUCGGCCCUGUCCUCGUAAAGGUGCUACCGCCCUGCCACCCACCGAGCAGCCUCAGGAUGGGACUGUGUACAUAGCCGCCUUUGUGAAGUUCUUUCUAUAAAUACGUAUUGUUUAAAAAAUUAAGAAAAAUGGGAAACAAAGAACAGGCAGAAGCCCCCAAAGUUUUUUUCUAGAUUUGUCGCUUUAAAACCAAUGCGUUCUUUUCUGCAGCCCUGAAGCACGGGGGAUGAAGUGUCCCCACUUCACUGUUCGUGUUUGUUGAAAAUCCCAUUGGCCACCGAGCAGGCCAGAGGGGAGCGCUGUGCCGCGGCGUCCUAGCAGCCUGGGCGCCUGCAGGGAGCUGGGCGGGGGCAGAGGCAGGGACGGACGACAGCCACAACUUGUGCUGCCCAGACAGCAGUGUAGGUGCCCCUCUGUCUCCAUGCCCUCUGUGGUGGCUGUCCCCAGGGCCUCACGGUCUCCCUGGCUCCAUUUCUGUCCUUCUGGAGAGUCACUCUCCAGCGAGGCAGGGGACAGGUGUGCAUGCGAGGCCGGGGCCCUCUGCCCUGUCACAUGUGGUGGCCUCUGGGUCCCAGGAACAAGGAGCCUGAGAGAAUGGGGCACAGACAGGGGAGGCCCUCACAGUGGCCCAGGUCUGCCUGUGCCACACACAUGCGACCAGGUGUCCCGGGUACCCUGUCCCAUGUCACCGUUGUGACUCAGAAGGGGAAGGCAGGAGUCUGGCCGGGGCCCACAGGGACAGCUGCUGCAGGGCUACCACAGAGCCUACCGCGCAGAGCCCCAGAGCCUGGCCAAGGUGUGCCAUGCGCAUGUGUUCUCCCCAGGACUGGGGUCACCAGGAGGCGGGGACCAUAGGCCUGUGGGCCUUGGAGCUGGGGGCUGCAGGGCCACAGGGGCAGCAGGUGCCAACCCAGCCCAGGGCCCUCUGCAUACAGCCACUGCCUGCACGGUGCCGUCACUGUGCCCAUGUGUAGUCUGGAAAUGUUAUUUAUAUUGUAAAGAGAAGGAAGAGGUGGGCACUGCCCAGGCAGCAGGCAGCUGGCGCAGCUUCCCAUGCGACCCCACUGUGCCUGCCUGUGUGAACAGGAUGGUGUCCCCUCCCAACAUGACAGACGGAUGGAUGGACGUGCUGUUUGCCUAACGUUCCUGCCUCGAGGUCCAUGAUAAAUUAAAGGCUCGUGAGCA